AUGCCUCUCUCCGCUCAAGCCGUACAGUCCGUAAUAUCGAUCCUCGAUGGGGUUACCUCUGGGGGCAAAACCGGCUCCCCAGGCCUCGUCUUCAUCGCCGUCGACAAGAAUGGAAAGACGCUCGUUGAACACGCGUCAGGGACGAGGGGCAUCAACUCCAACCAACCCAUGGACAUGGACACUACAUUCUGGAUCGCAUCGUGCACCAAGACCGUCACGGCUAUCGCCUGCAUGCAACUAGUAGAGCAAGGCAAACUCUCGCUCGACGACCCCGAGACCGUGAGGAAGUACGCCCCUGAAAUUGGGCAGAAGAAAGUGUACGCGGACGGUGUGACGCCGGCGGAGCAGCAGAGACCGGUCACGCUGAGAAUGCUGUUGUCGCACACCGCGGGAUUCGCGUAUACGUUUUUGGAUCCGAGACCGACGAUUUGGGGUAGGCCUGUUGGAAUUGAUGAGUUUUCUGGUGACGAGAAGGAGAUCUUGGAUACGCCGUUGUUUAACCAGCCGGGUACGGUGUGGCAGUACGGUACCAACGUCGACUGGGCCGGCAUCGUCCUCGAGCGCGCCACCGGCCAAAAACUAAAUGACUACUUCCAAGAGCAUAUCUUCAAGCCCUUAGGCAUCCACAACGUGACCAUGUUCCCUACUCAAGAGAUGCGCGGCAACCUAGCGUACAUGCACCAGCGGGACCCAACCGGCGUCUUGCACGAGCGCGAUCACUUAUAUCGCCGGGCAUUCAAUACGACGUCGAAAGAGGAGCAGCAGAGAUUCCUUCAUUCCGGUGGCGCGGGUUUAUUCGCGAAACCAAAGGAGUAUAUUAGUUCAGGUCCUCACCGCCCUAGCAAACAACGGCACAUGUCCUACCAAGGCGCCAAAAUCCUCUCCGCCGACACCGUGAACGCGAUGUUCGAGAAUCAAAUCCCCGAGCACCCCAACUUCGCUCGCAACGCCACACCCCCAGCAAACCCCCUCCUCGCCAACCACUCCAAAGAGAUGUACCCGCAGGAAGGCAAUCCCCCACAGGGCGGGGGUCUUUCUUUCUUCCUGACGAUUGCGCCGGGAGCGACGGGCCGUGCGGCAAAUACGGCGUGGUGGGCUGGAUUGGCGAAUCUGUUUUGGUGGGUGGAUAGGGAGAAGGGGGUUGCGGGGAUGAUUGCGAGCCAGGUGUUGCCGUUUGGGGAUCCCAAGGUCGUGGGUGCUUGGGUUGCGGUGGAGAAGGCGGUUUAUGAUGGGUUGGAGAAGGAUGGCGUUAGGUUCUGGAAUUGA